AAUCUGUCAUAUUAUUAUGGAUGAGUGAGGUUAAGUCUCAUGCCAUAACCGAAUUUGAAUAUUAUUUAUAACGAAAACCUUUAUUUUCAACUUUGCUUAAAAGUUUAAUUUAUAAAAGAACAAAAUGUCUAAACGGCCCGAACAUCAAGCACCACCAGAAGUCUUUUACAACGAAGAUGAAGCCAGGAAGUAUACACAAAAUUCGCGUAUUAUCGAUAUUCAAGCACAGAUGACAGAGCGUUGUAUAGAGCUACUACUGUUACCUGAAGAUGUUCCAUGCCUUCUUCUUGAUAUUGGCUGUGGUUCAGGACUGUCUGGCACAGUGCUAGAAGAAAAUGGACACAUGUGGAUUGGAAUGGAUAUAUCGCCUGCUAUGCUUGCUGUAGCCAAAGAAAGAGAGACUGAAGGUGAUUUAGUUCUAUCAGACAUGGGUGAAGGAGUUCCAUUCAGGGCCGGCUGUUUUGAUGGUGCUGUCUCUGUGUCUGCCAUCCAGUGGCUUUUCAAUGCUGAUAAAAAGUCACAUCAUCCUGUCAAGAGGUUGCAUCAGUUCUUUAGCUCUCUAUAUGCUUCCCUGUCAAGAUCAGCAAGAGCAGUAUUUCAGUUUUACCCUGAGAAUGAGAGUCAGAUGGACCUAUUGACUUCCCAAGCUAUGAAGGCUGGUUUCUAUGGAGGUGUUGUUGUAGACUAUCCCAAUUCUGCUAAAGCCAAGAAGUUCUUCUUGGUACUGAUGACUGGUGGAUCUGGCCCAUUACCUCAAGCCCUUGGUACUGAUGAAACAGACAACAACCUGCAAGUAAAGUAUGCCAGAAGAGAAGCAACAAGAAACAUAAGAGGCAAGCCAUUAAAGAACUCAAGAGCAUGGAUAUUAGAGAAGAAAGAAAGAAGAAGAAAACAAGGCAAGGAAACCAAGGCUGACACAAAGUAUACAGGCAGGAAAAGAAGUGGCCGCUUCUAGAAAUAACAAAUAUGUACAGUCUAUAUUAAUUUAAUCACUACACUAGAUCUAAAAAUAAAUAAGUUUUAUAAACA